ACAACAAAUACAAACCCAUGACACGUGCCACAAUCUUGUAACUCUUCCCCUCCCACACUUCCUUUCCCUUUAAGUUACUACUACUCACUUUUGCAACCGAUUCUCUUUCUCCCCCAAAUUACAAACGCAGACAUGAAUCCGGUCACCAACGGAGCCCUAAAAUCCAAAAAAACCUCCAAAAAACCCGAAUAUUCUAGGUUUACACAGCAAGAACUUCCGGCUUGGAAACCGAUUUUAACUCCAGGAUGGGUCAUCACAUCAUUUCUAGCCAUUGCCUUCCUUUUCAUCCCUAUUGGACUCGUCUCUCUGUUUGCAUCAGAGCGUGUGGUGGAAAUUGUUUAUCGUUAUGAUCAAGAUUGUGUCCCUGAAAUGUAUCGUGGCAACGUGUCUGCAUAUAUCCGAAACUCCCUCACUAACAAAACCUGCAUCGGGAAUAUAACCGUACCUAAAAAAAUGGAUCCCCCCAUCUUUGUUUAUUAUCAGCUUGACAACUUCUAUCAGAAUCAUCGCAGAUACGUCAAAAGUAGAAGUGACAAGCAACUGCGGAGUGCUGCAUAUGAGUCCUCAACUAAGGAAUGCGAACCCGAAGCCCGAUUCAACAAGUCUGGGGAUCCGGUCCCGAUUGUUCCUUGUGGACUGAUUGCAUGGAGUUUGUUUAAUGAUACAUACAAUCUAAUAAAGAAAGACAAAGUCUUAAACAUCAAUAAGAAAGGCAUAGCUUGGAAAAGUGACACGAAAGUCAAAUUCGGGUCAAAUGUAUAUCCAAAAAAUUUUCAAUCUAAUGAUUUAAUCGGGGGCGGAAAGCUCAAUGAAAGCAUACCACUGAGCAAACAAGAAGAUCUUAUUGUUUGGAUGAGAACCGCUGCAUUACCUACUUUUAGAAAGCUUUACGGGAAAAUAAACACGAGUCUUGAGGCCCAUGAUACGAUAACAGUUGUUUUGGAGAAUAAUUAUAAUACUUAUAGUUUUGGUGGCCAAAAGAAGCUUGUUUUGUCCACCACAAGUUGGAUUGGUGGGAAAAAUGAUUUUCUCGGGAUAGCGUAUCUUACGGUUGGUGGGAUCUGCUUGUUUAUGGCACUAAACUUCAUCCUUCUAUAUGUUUUCAAACCUAGGCCUCUUGGGGAUCCAUCCUACUUGUCAUGGAACAGAAAGGCAGUGAAUUAGGUGGUUCUUCAACCAGGUGAAGUUUAAUGUAUAGCUAUUAACCUGAAGUGAAGUUGUGUUCAUAGUUAUGUCUUUAUUUGCAUUCAAUCAGAGACAUGGUAAUUGGUCUUUGAAUACUGAUUUUGAUAAUCUAAUAAAAUUACUAAUGUGAUGUGCUUAUUUGUGGCA